AUGGGCAUCCCAGGAUUUAAUUCCUGGGUCAGGAAGGAGUACCCUGAGGCUUUCGUCCCUUUCGAGCGGGGCAGGAGGGUGGACCACCUGUACGUGGACCUGGCCUCCACCCUCCACACGGUGCUCCGCAAGUCCCGCACCCCUGCACAGCUGCAUCGCCGCCUGCACAGCCGCCUCGACAACUAUCUAGCCAGAUUGCGUCCAUGCAAGAGGGUGGUGCUGGCCCUGGAUGGGCCCGGGCCCCUUGCAAAGCUCCUGGAGCAGAGGCGGCGCAGGUCCAAGAUGAAGGUCGCGCCCGAGGUGCCUGAGGCCGGUGAACCUGGCAGCGAGGCCUCCCUGUCCCCCCUGGCCCUCACCGCGGGCACGCCCUUCAUGCUCAGCGUGCACGCCUCCCUCCUGAUCUACAUUGCGCGGCGGCUGGCCAACCCACGCAAUCGGGGCCUCGUCUUCGAGUUCUCCGACUCCACAGUCCAGGGCGAGGGCGAGCUGAAGUUGCUGGCCAAGCUGCAGGACCAGGGUGGCGGGCGCGGCGCCCCCACCCCGGGCGACACCCACGUGAUCCUGGGCGGGGACAGCGACCUGUACCUGAUCGCGCUGGUGGCGCCGCGCCCGUCCGUCUUCAUCGCAGCCGACGCCGACAUCCCGCACCUGGGGGCGCCGGCGGACCAGCUCACCGUCUUCUCCCGCGCCGCGCUGGCCAACGUCUGGGGGCCCCACGCCGAUGUGGCGCGGCUGGGCCUGGACCUGUGCCUGCUGGCAGUGCUGACCUCCGGCAAUGACUACCUGCCCGCCAUCCAGGCGAGCCUGGGUUGGGGCCUGGUGCUGAAAGGGGGCGACCGGCCCGGACUCUGGGACCUGCUGCUGGACCUGCGGCGCCGGCGCUCGGCCGUCGGCCCCUGCCACCUCGCGCGGCGCGGCCGCUCCGGCGCGCUGACGCUGGACCGCGCGACCCUGGCCGCCCUGCUCUGGCGCUCCUACCAGCAGCGCCGCUACAUCGCCGGCCUGGAGUGGGUGAUCAACAUGUAUGCGCGCGGACGGGUGCAAGACUACCGCUUCACCUACGACCUGGCGGCGCCUACGAUCCUGGGCCUGGUGGCCAGCCUCGCGCACGGCCAGGCGGCGGUGGAGGACGGCGAGGAGGGAGCGGAGGAGGGGGAGGGCGCCGAGCGGGGUAUGGCUGGCGGGGAGUCGUGCGGGCCGGAGGGUGCCCAGCCGGCGCUCGGCGCCGGGCGAUUGGCAAGGAACGGUCUGAAGAGGGACCAGGCGGCGGCGAGGCCUAAUGGCGCGGCACGCCAGCCAGGUGGCGCCGACGCGGAGUUGGAUGAGAAAGCGCACGGAUCUAGAAACAAUCGGCCCCCAGCGAUGGACAUGGAGAGUGCCGUUGCGCCCCGGACUCCGCCCCCAGCAAAGAGCCCUGCCGCCCCCAGCAAACGCCCGAGGGACGAGGACCUGGCCCCUGCGCUGCCCCUCCCGCCGCCGCCGGCCUCGCCGCAGAGCCCCUCCAUGCAGCCCCUGAUCCCGGCGGCGUGCGCGCUGGCCACGCUGCCGCUCAGCGGCAGGCAGUUUGCGGCCAGCGCGCUGCAGCACCUCAUGGACGACGGGCAGGGCGCGGCCCUGCGCCACGUCUACGCGCUGUGCCCGACGUGCCAGCGCAUCGGCGCCGAGAUCGCGGCUGCCAACAAGGAGCUGGCGCGGGUGAGGCUGGCCGCCACGCAGCCCGUCACCGCCGCGCGGGCCGAUGGCCAGCCGCCGGCGGCCCAUGUGCUGCUUGCCGAGGAGGCAUACCGCGCCUGCAAGGUCGCCGAGGCCGAGGCGCUGGCCGCGCUGACCGCGCUGUCGCAGGCCCAGGUUGCGCACAUGGAGGAGGCGCACCCUUUCCAGCCUUUUCCAGUGGACGACGUCGAGGCGGCGGUGGCGGGGGUAGACGUGCGGCAGUACCCGAGCGCCGAGCGGCCCCUGGCGGGGUUUGGCAGGGACGUCCAGAUCUGGUGA